AUGGAUGUUAAAAAUGCCUUUCUACAUGGCCCCAGAGCAUGGAAUGAACGAUUCACUAGUUUUCUACCCAAUAUUGGCUUUGUCUCAUCAUAUGCAGAUCCAAGCUUGUUCAUUAAACAAUGUCAAGAUAAUACUGUGUUCUUGCUACUGUAUGUGGAUGAUAUAAUCAUCACAGGAUCCUGUGCAUCACUUAUUAACUCUGUGAAGGCAGCUCUUCACAAUGAGUUUGAUAUGAAGGAUUUAGGCAAACUACACUUCUUCUUAGGACUUGAAAUUCAGUACCUGCCUGAUGGUAUCUUUGUUUCCCAGCUCAAAUAUGCCAACGACCUCAUUCAUAAAUCUGGCCUGGAUGAUUGUCAUAUUCAUACUACCCCAUGCAAGUCUGGCCUCAAGCUUCUCCGAGACACUGGUGUACCUUUACAGUCUCAUGAUGUUACUCAAUUUAGAAGUGUGGUUGGAUGUCUUCAGUACCUGACGUUUACUCGACCUGACAUCUCCUAUGCUGUCAAUUCAGUGUGCCAAUUCUUGCACAACCCUACAGAUAUACAUCUGUAUGCAGCUAGAAGGAUAUUAAAGUAUGUCAAAGGUACACUUCAUCAGGGCAUCUAUUACAGAACGUGUGCUCAUCCUGCACCCAACAAUCACUCUCUUUCUGCCCUUACUCUUCAGGCCUACUGUGAUGCUGAUUGGGCAGGUGAUCCUAAUGAUAGAAAGUCUACUACUGGCUUUGUUCUCUUGUUACAUGGAUCUCCUAUCUCCUGGUGUAGCAAGAAACAAACAGUUGUUUCUCGUUCUUGCACUAAGGCUGAAUAUAGGAGCAUGGCUGAUACUACAUCAGAGAUUAUGUGGUUACUGCUUUUGCUUCAUGAUCUACAUGUUUCCCUUGCUGCAGUUCCAAUCCUACACUGUGAUAAUAUAUCUGCUCUUGCCCUUGCCACUAAUCCUGUGUAUCACUCCAAGUUAAAACACAUUGAGGUAGACGUGCAUUUCACCAGAAAUCAGGUCAAGGCUGGAUCUCUCAAGCUUCAAUUUGUUACAUCCAAGGACCAACUUGCAGAUUUGUUCACCAAGGGCCUUUGCUUACCACAGCACACAUAUCUUUGUGACAGCUUGAUGUUGCUUACCUCCCAUCAAGCUGAGGAGGGGUGUUAA